UCCUCUUAACGAGUAUAUUUAUCUCUGAAUCGAGUUCAUAGAGUAAAAUUGAGAGUAAGAGUAGGAGCAAAAUUUCAGAGUAGGCCCAAGUGAGAGGCGGAGCUCCUUGCAAAGAUAAGUUUCGUUUUCCAGCCAUAUUGUAUUUUCUACCACCGCUGCUGCUGAAGUCACGGAACAGCUCUCUGGGGGAAGAAAUUCGCUGGAUUUGAAAGAUGGAAAACACCACCGUUGUCAGAGUGAAAUAUAAAGAUCAGAAGAAAUAUGUGUUUUCUCCAACAACAUUUACAUUCGAGUCAUUUUUGGAAUGUGUUGCCAGGAAAUUUGACCUUCCGACAAUGGACAUUAUAGUCUUUGAUGAGUCAAGGACCGAGGUUGACCAGGAAGCUUUUGCAUACUUGAUGAAGCAGCCAGAUGUUCAUGUCCUGGAAAUUGAUAUCCCAGAGAGUCAGACAACAUCUGAAGAUUCUGUUAGCUCAGGCUCCCUUGCUGAUGCUGAGGCUAGUUUUGGAUCUGAUGACACUGUGAUACUGACCCCUAGCCCAAGACAAUUAAAACAAGGAGAGGAACGUCGUCUUGCCCAAAUGGUUGAAGACAUCUUAAAAGGAAGUCCCGGAGGGGACAAGAUCAUGAAUGAAUAUGCUCGGACAAAGUACCUGUCAGAUAGCAGAAGGCGUGACCUGGUGAAGAUAUUGGUAGCGCAUAUGACAAAUGAACAUGGAACAAGCCCGCCUCGGCGUGUGAAGGAAGACUACGCACUGGGUAUCAUCUCCCUCUUCCCCUAUUUGGCUGACCCAAGGAGCAAGCUUGGCUAUGAACAUUAUUACAACGCAGAAGAUGGAAGUGGCUAUUUGGCUUGGAGAAUUAAAACUCUGCAGAAAGAAGCAUCAGAGGGACGAGUUAAACGUCCACGACCUUCACAAGCAGGUGGGCCAUCUGUUGAUAGAGAUCCUUGCAAGGAAGGCAAUUGGUUGAGCGAUGAACGCCAGUGUCAGGAAGCAAUUGCUCUGAUGAAGCACACAGCUGAUGAAUCGGUGGUGACGGAAAAGAUGAGGUUGACCCUAGUCUAUCGCCAGAAGAUUCUGCGUGACACUGACAAAUCAACUGAUAUCCUAUCCAUUUUUCCAAGAUUCAUGGACAUACCAGGCCUGAUUGAGCAGGAUUUUGCACUUCUCUUUGGUGACUCAACCUCUGCAAAGCUGAUGGAGAAAUGGUCAACCAACAUAAAACCAAAAGUCAUUGCACAGAGCCGUGGCCUGACACAGACUGCGGAUCUCCAAGACCUCAUCCAGAAUGCUCUUGCUACUGAAGUUGAAGAAGGUUGGGACAGUGACAUGUCGUCCAUACUGUUGCUGGUCCACCUUCUACCACCCUCCAAUCCAGGGCGCAAAAGGCCAGGAAAGAUUUCCGCUCAUCGAGCCUGUGAUCAUGUGGUGAAAUUCAUCAAGACUGGUGCCAGCAUUCAGGGCCAUUUGGAUGGCAUCACACAGAGUGUCCAGCCAUAUCUACUUGCAGUUGGACCAAAGAAAAGUAUGAUCCAAUCUUACUUCAUUGUUGUUGACAAACAGGCCUUGCCAUGCAAGUCCUCCAAUUCACUGGCUGCAUUCGAUGAGCUUUUUAAAGCUCAUUAUGUUUUCGGUACCACUUACUGCCAUGAGCUCACAAAUGUGUUCACUUUCUUGCAAACAACCAUCUAUGACAUAGAUGUUGAAAUUACCAAAGUCAAUCCAAGAGUAGCUGAGCUUAGAGCAAGAAUGCUGCAGUAGACAGAAUGAUUUGUUUCAUUUGUCAGAAGAGUCAUGCUGAUGCUAAUAGCCUCAUACGGCACUUCAAACUUGUUCAUGGCCCUCUAAUAUGUCAUUAUCAGCUCUCACACAAACAGCCAACUCUGGUCUGAACAUUCUUCCAUUGACCUUGGCCCAUUUAACUUUCAGAACCCUGGCCCGAACUGGUACUUCAAGUUUUUUUGCCACCUUACCACCAAACUUCAUUUCAUUCAAGGAGACCAUUUUUCCAGGACCCAUUUUCAAUUCGUUUGGAUCAAAUGUUUGUCACAAGUAAGCCAUCUGGCACUGGUGUUUUUUGGCUAAAGUUUUAGUGAUGUUUAGUGAACUUUUCAGCUGUUUUUUAAAAACAUUGUGUGGCCUCGCAUCUCAUGCACCAUGUAUGUAACAGGGGCCCAAUUUUACGUAUACACAUGGGAUAAUGCACCAUGAGAUGAUGCUUAGUAACAACCUUUUGUUAGGAUAUAAGUCCUUGAACAAACCAUGGUGCUCUGAAAUUAGGUGCUUCAAAUAUAUGGUGAUGCCUUGCGAUAUAACUGAAGAAAAAGCAAUGUUGACACUUGAAGUACCCGUUAGGGCCAGGGUUCUGAAAGUUAAAUGGGCCAAGGUCAAUGGAAGAAUGUUCAGACCAGAGUUGGCUGUUUGUGUGAGAACUGAUAAUGACAUGCCGGUUUUCCAUGUAUUCAAGAAUGUUCUCAUCAAAGAUGAGCAGGUUAUCUUGAUGACAGAUGCUCUUAAAACACGUUGUUUAGAUGAACAUACCCAUGCAUACAAGGUUUCACAUACAACUGGAGACCCUUUUGUGUUAGACAUUAAGACUCUAAUGUACAGGAAUUUUGAUGUACUGACAUCACAUGGUACUGAUGACGAUUAGUUUAUUGUACCUCAUUGUUUUCUGUAAUCCUGAUUUCAUCUCUCUCUCUCUC